CAAGGCUGAGAAGGGAGCAAAAAAAAAAAAUUCUGGAGCAUCGCGGCGGGCGAACUCUUGGUAAUCCGUCCGCAUACACUAAUCUCUGCAUGUCACUAAAUCACCACACCUAAAUAAAGGACUCACUACCACCCGAGGACACUCUCACUUAACCGGCGCUUUUAGUCUCCGUCUCUCUUCCCAAUUGCCCGCCAGAGCCAGCUCUCCAGCCACAAUGGAGGCUCCGGCGCAGGCUGAAGCGACCGUCAAGGUUCUCUUCACCACCACAGAGUCGGGCCUUGAGCUCCCAGAGUCAAAACAGCUCCUCCUCGUCCCAGCAGAUAUCCGCAGAUAUGGCCUUUCCCGAAUCGUCAACUCCGAGUCCAUGCUCGACACGCCGACGCCCAUACCCUUCGACUUCCUGGUCAACGGCACGUUCCUGAGGUCCACGAUCGAGGACUACCUGCGAGAAAACGGCCUGCCGUUCGAGAAGACGCUCACGCUACAGUACGUCCGCAGCCUGGUCCCGCCCGUGUACCAGGCCAGCUUCGAGCACGAGGACUGGGUCAGCGCCGUCGACGUGCUCUCCGAGUCCUCACGCGCCGCCGCCUGGGCCGGCGCCGGCUACGCCCCGGGCCAGGACCGCAUACUCUCGGCCUCGUACGAUGGCCUCCUGAGGAUAUGGGACGGCUCGGGCCAGGUCAUGGCCACGUCGCCGCUGGUCAACCGGGGCCCGCUCUGCGGCCUCAAGGCCGCCCGCUUCCUGGGCCCGUCCAAGAUCGCCGCCGCGGGCCUGGACAGGACGGUGCGGAUCUGGGACUACGCCGAGACGGCCGACCGGCUGUCGGGCGAGCUCAAGCUGGCCCUGGAGCUGUACGGCCACCGCGGCACCGUCGAGGCCGUCGACGUAGACGGCGCCGCCCGCCGCGUGCUGACGGGCUGCGCCGACGGCUCCGUCGGGCUCUGGACCACGUCCAAGAAGUUGGCGCCCGAGGCCCCCGCCGCCCUGCUGCCGCAGACGUACGCGACCAAGCGCAGGAAGGCCUCCUCGGCCGGCGCCGCCACCGCCGCCCAGCGCGGCGCCCUGUCGCUCAUGCCCGUGCACUCGCGCCCCGUCAGCGCCGCCCUGCUCGAUCCGGCCGACCCCACGGCCGCCUACAGCGUCUCGCAGGACCACACCCUCAAGGUCCUCGACCUGACGUCGAGCCGCGUCGUCAGCACCGUGACGGCCUCGAGCGCCCUCAUGUCGGCCUGCCUGCUCCCCGCCGCCGCCGCCGGCAGCGGCUCUACCCCGCUCGUCGCCGCUGGCACCGCCUCCCGCAACGUCACCCUCAUUGACCCGCGCGAGGACGGCGCGCGCACCACGUCGGUCAUGACGCUGCGCGGCCACGUCAACGUCGUCUCGUGCCUGGGCCCCUCGCCCGACAACUCGCACUCGCUCGUCACGGGCUCCUAUGACGGCACCUGCCGCGUCUGGGACCUGCGCAGCGUCCGCCCCGCCACCGCAAAGGACGCCGAGGCCGGCCUGCUAGCCGGCGGCAGCGUCGGCGAACCCGUCUACGUCAUCGAGCGCGAGUCCCUCGCAGGCAAGAAGAGGCCCGUCGCCGGCGACGGCGUCAAGGUCUUUGGCGUCUCCUGGGACAGGACCUGGGGCAUCGUCAGCGGAGGCGAGGACAAGAGGGUGCAGAUAAAUAAGGGGAGCGACAUCAUAGCGGCCACGUCUUGACCCUGCCAGUCCUCGGUGUGAGGAGUGGUACGGACUGGGGGCUCCGUCGGGUACAAUGUUCGGGUUAGAUCUUGUCUGGCUGUAGCAAAACUGCAUAUACCCCUUUGGUUUGAUGACGCUUGGCACCGCCGUAGCAUUGAUCUACAACACAGUUAGGAAACGACAUGAUUGAUGUCAUGCAUUGGUGUCUAGGCCGAGGUCCAUCUUGGCCUCAUAAAAGGAAAAGCAUGGCACCAAAGGCCGCAGUGAUGACCAAAAUGUUGCAUGUUGUUGUCUCUCUGAGAGGUAAGCGAUCUAGGUAGCUACCAUUACAAAGUGGUGCAUAGUGAUAGUCGUGAUGCAAGUAGACCCUUCAUGGUGUCCCGUUGCACCCAUAAGCAAGGACCACCUUUGUGUAUCUGUCCGUUUCCUCCAUCAUGAUGACCAUCGUCCAAAAAGAUCUUUCCCG